GACCAUUUCGUUUCCAUCGACUAUUUAGGUCGUUUUUACUCUACCUUAUUUGAUUUGCCGGGGUCUGGGCAUUCCAGAAACAAAGCUGUGCAUACCGUCCACAAUAGCUCAUAUCUUUUCUCUUACUCUGUCACUUCCUCAAUCCAGACAAGAUGUCAGAGAAAUACAACAUCAACAUGAAGAAUCCUGCUGUGAAGAGGAUCAUGCAGGAAUUGAAAGAAAUGCAGAACAAUCCGAGCGAUGAUUACAUGAGCCUUCCGUUGGAGUUUGCUAUCAGAGGGCCUCGUGACACAGAGUUUGAGGGUGGGAUCUAUCACGGGCGGAUCCAGUUGCCUGCCGAUUACCCUCUCAAGCCCCCCUCUUUUAUGCUGCUGACGCCUAAUGGCAGAUUUGAAACACAGACAAAAAUAUGCUUGAGCAUAUCAAAUUAUCAUCCAGAGCAUUGGCAGCCAUCAUGGAGUGUUCGAUCUGCAUUGGUGGCUCUUAUUGCAUUCAUGCCAACAAAACCUGAGGGAGCUGUUGGGUCACUUGAUUACAGUAAGGAAGAAAGGAGUGCUCUUGCCAUUAAGUCCCGGGCUCAUCCACCAAAGUUUGGGAACACAGACCGACAGAAACUAAUUAACGAGAUUCACGAGUAUAUGUUGAAAAAGGCGACUCUCGCACCUGAACUUAGUUCUGUGACUGACAACCAAGAUGCCUCACAACCUAUAACACCUGAGGUUGAAGACCAGGCAAAUGCAGUAGCCGUGACAUCUGGAGAACAUUUACAAGCAGAAGAGAUGGUUGGGGAUGCACAUGAAUCACAUUUGAAUCCUGAUAUAACUCCCCCAAUAGCAAGAACCAGUGCAGAGUUGAGACCACACACAGAACCAGGAGUUAGAUCACCUACAGAACCAGGAGUUAGAUCACCUACAGAACCAGGAGUUCCAAAUGGAGAUGUAGCAAAUAGGGAUCAUGAAACGAGGAAUAACCUAACAAUUAAUAGACAACAUACAUCUCCUGAUGAUAGAGGUCUAACGUUAUUAGCAGUUGGUUUGUCUGUGGCUAUUAUUGCCCUUCUUAUCAAGAAGUUUUUGAAAUCAUAUUGGUGGAUUGGUGCUUAGUUUGAUUUACAGGCAUUGACUUUCUAUGUGCCAAUUUCCAUGUCAUCUGUAAUUAUUAUGUUCAUACCUCUGUAACUUACGUUUGAUUUGGAAUUUUCCUUGAUUAAAAAUUAGUUAAUUUAAAAUUAAAAAAAUAUCAAUGAUGGUCUGUGUAAUUCAUAAUCAGGGGCCAGGGCUAUAAAAUGGCUUUUGUGGACCGUAUUUUUUCCAUCAGUCUAUACAGUUAGUGAAGUUGAAAAAUCUUUCCUUAGAAACAACA